UGUAUCAGCCAGUCCAUUAGCUACCACACUGUAACCUUGCCUCUCACACUGCCACAUUAUUCUUCUCUGUUUGGGUACUGCGUGCAAAGCCUUAAGGAGUCUGUGGCAAAGACUGGGAAAGUAGAGAUCUUUAGAAGUUCUGUGAGCGUAAACCAACAUUUCUGUGAAGAUGUGCUCCACUCUGAGUGUGAUGGUGUUGAUAAGCAUGAUGGGAUGCGUUGAACUGGCUAUCACUGUCGAGACUACCAAGGAAAUUGUCAAUGUUACAGCGGGUGAAAGUGUUCUACUCCCAUGUACUUAUAACACGACUUCAGCGUUGAGUGAGGUCUCUAUUGAGUGGACUUUUGCUUCAUCACCCUCCUCUAAACAGCAGGUGUAUUUCUAUAAAAAAUCACAAGAAAGCAUAAACGAACAGUACCGUGGCAGACUUCAAGCUUUCUCCUCUCCUGACAAAACCAAAAAUGCCUCCAUAAUGAUAAGCAAAAUGCAGCCAUCAGAUACCGGAGUCUACACCUGUGAAGUUGAGAUGCACAUGGGCGCUAAUGCCAGUAUCACUGUAUUUGUCCAUGCUCGUUCAAGCGCUCCACCAUCACCCUACCACAUUCAAUACACCGGACCCAGAGGGCUUCUUGAGUGGGGGAUCGGAAUUGCUGUUCUCCUGGGAAUCAUCCUCGUCUCCUAAUCAUGUGCGGCAGACUUCCUCCAAUAUCUAUCCACGAGCAAAACAAUUCUUAUUUUAUUCAGCAAAUGUCUUUGAAGAUUCUGGGCCAGUUUCUGCUUGGGCUGUCACCUAAAGCCAGAGCUGCAGUCUCCGGUAGAUCUAAACUGCUGUGCUCUGUUCAGUUGGAUCCAAGAACAACAUCCAGGAACUGCCAUAACAUAAUCAGUUGUACAAAGAAAUCCUCCGAGUUCUUCCUAAAGGCUCAUUCUCACGAUAAAAGGCAAAGAGACUAGUUUCAUGUUUAUAUGGUGGCUAAUGAUAGAUACUGUGAUCUAUGUAAUCAUAUUUAAAG